AUGAUGGGUCGUAAGGAAGGGGAAGCAUUUAGAUGGCUUAUUGACAAGCUCGAUAUAGGAGAUAAAAUAACGCCUGAGCAGUACUUGAAAGAAUACGACUCUAUGCUAAAAGAAAUGUAUGCUCAUUGUAAAGCGUUGCCCGGCAUCCCGACGGCUCUGUGCUCAGGAUCUCGAAGUUCGAUGUAUGGGCCCCGCCGUGAGCCACAUAAGGAUUGGCUAGAUCUAAUCUCAAUACGAGUAUUCAUAGGUGAUAUGGAUGAAAUCAAACACGGAAAGCCCUAUCCAGAUGGCUUCUUAGCUGCAAUGAACAGAUUCACGCUCAAGUUGCUACUUAGAUUUCCUCAAAAACCUGCUAACCCCUCAAAAGUGCUGGUUUUUGAAGACGCUCCUAAUGGUGGUAGAGCGGCAAUUGCAGCUGGCAUGAAGUGCGUCAUGGUACCAGCUGAUGAACAUCGUGAAGAAGUAAUGACACUGAAGGUAGACAAAGUACUAAAUAGCCUCGAAGAGUUCCGCCCUGAAGAGUUUGGACUUCCUGCAUUUGAAUGA